AUGGGUGAAGAAACGGCUAAACCGACUGGUCGCAAACGCGGUCGUCCUCGAACUGUUACCAACGAGCAAGAAGUGCCAGAGAGACGUCGCAAACAACUCCGCCUCGCGCAGCAGGCAUAUCGCAAAAGAAAGGAGACCACGAUCGGUAACCUGCAGAAUCGCGUACACGAAUUAGAAACCGGCAUCGAGAAUAUCAGCCAAUCUUUCCUCUCCUUCAGUAGUCUUCUUAUAGAAGAGCAACUCCUCUCACAAUACCCGCAUAUUGCGUCGGCUCUUCAAAACAUAACUCAGCAAUGCGUGUCGCUUGCGAAGGCUGGGAGCGAUGAUCCGUCUGAAGGACCCCUCCCCCCUCGCUCAGACCGCAAAAGAGUUCCAAAUCACAAAUAA